UACUAGAAGAGUAUUCAUUGCAAUCAUGGCGUCAACGUCUGCUGGCCAAAAAUCAUAUUUUGUGGAAAAUAACCAAAUGAUUAGUGAACUCGAGGAUCAAAUCCAGUGUGCUAUAUGCCAGGAACGACUGAAUAACCCUCGGGUCCUAGAUUGCUUGCACAGUUUUUGUGAGGAUUGCCUGAAACGCAGUCAUAGAUUGUCAACUCGCGAAUUUAUGGACUCGGAUUCUGAAUCCGAUGAAAUUGAUUACCCGGUCAUCAAGUGCUCAUACUGUCGUGCAGUAACUGAGUUGCCAGAGAGUGGAGUUUCGGGUUUAAAAGCAGACUUUCGUGCAAAUCGGAUUAGGGAAAUACUGGAUGCUUUUGAGAAACGAAAAAGAAAAUUUGCGGAGAGUGAAUAUUGUUGUGAGAUAUGCCCGUCAAGUGGGGAAUCGGCCCCUGUUCCAGCGUCGGACUACUGCCAGAACUGUGGUCAGUUAUUCUGUGAGCAGUGCAGUAGAGUACACAGAAGGCUAACAGAUACGAAAGAUCAUUUCGUGGUGAAAGUCGCCGAUCUCAUGGUGGGGAAGGAGAAACUUCGGAAAACUGAGCACGAAAAUGCGACUUUCAAGAUGUGUCGUCAACACGCGGGAGAGCUGCUGAAGUAUUUCUGCCGAGUUUGUAAGAUCCCCGUUUGUUUGCUCUGCUCUACAUUUGGAAAUUGUAUAUCCCACAAGAAGGAGGUCAGUCAGUUAGGUGAAGCUGUCACGGAGAUGUCGGGUAUUGUUGAGAUACUUACUGACCAGCUGAAGCACAGGCAGCGAUUGAUUAAAGAAAUGCUGACUAAAACAAAUGCAGUUAUCAUGACCACAGAGAACAGAAAGAAGGAAUUCAUUCAACAAAUGAUUGUGAAACAUCAAGCAUUUAUCAGUCAAAUAAAGCAGAAAAUGCAGAAAGAAGUGGACCAAAGGGAUAGGCUUUUUAAUGGUAAAAUUAGUAAAGUCCGAGGCAUAGGUGAAGAGAUACAGAAGAUGAACAAAAAGUCAGAUGAUGCGCUGCAUCUUGUUGAUAAUAUUCGAAGGGAACCGAAUGCCCAUGGAACUGACCUAGUCACGGUUUUGGGAUGUCUACAAGGGGCCUUGCAGAUCAUCACUUCAGAACAGAUUAAUGCAAUGAAUCGAGACUUAUCCAAAGUUGAAGAUGAUGUGCAACAGAUGCGUCCAACGCAUAUGGCUUUGCGCGAGCCUACACGAGGCGCUGUGGAAAACAUGGAGCAAUCUGCUCCAGGGAGAAGGACGCCAUUAACUAGAUCAGCUAAUGAUCAGGGCCACCAAGCUCGGGAGGAAGCAGCGCGAGGAUUUUUCCUGCAUCGGUUACCUUACUCUGUUGGGAACACCCAGAGUUUGAACAUCCAGCAUCCGUUUGGUGUUUCACGUCCUGCUCAAGAACGGCAAAGCGAGCCUGAGGUAGCUACUAUCUACCAAGGACCAGUGGGCAUUGGCACAAGACCGAUGGGGCGACCGUUACAGGCGCGAAGAGUUCGCUCCAUUUCAACGAUUUUGAGCGGACCUGAAGCAACAUCACAAUCAGUUGAUAACCCAACCCCAGAAGCUACCAGACGGUUUAAUGGAUCUAGCUUCACCUCUCCACAAACCAUUGCAGAUGACUUGCAUCAUCGACAAUCAACAGCCCCUGUUGAAUAUUCCACUGCUCCUUUUCAGAUUCCUCUCGAACCUGUCUCUUUCCCCAGUUGUUCUCCUGCUCCUCAUGCUCCGGGAUCACCUACUGUAAAUGAUGCAUCCCAAUCAUCUGUUAAUGAACAGCAACUAUUAUAUUCUGGUGCAGUUGCUCCAUUUGGGCAACUUCCUCAUCUUGAAAGAAUAAGGGACAUACCGGACAUGCCCGAUCUGGGUCCAGAUCUCUCAUUCUAAUCCUGACAUAACCUUAAGAUACAGUGGCAACAUAUUUCCUGCAUUUUUAUACGGAUUUGAUAUCUUGUUAACCCAAUUUGGUCUCUUUACCUCAACACCAAACUUUCGUACAAAAUUUCCAUGAUAUCCUUGUCUUUGGUUAGUCUGUUAAUUGUCAGGGAAUGAUAAAUUGACAAUUAUGACAAGCUUUAUGAAAUGGUGACCAGGAUAUCAGUUGAGCACCAAGACCUUGUCUCUCAGUCUCUUGUGGAAAACAAAUCAGCUUGCUGACUUUUUGACUCAGUAGAUAAUCUUUCAAGUGUUGUCCUGAUCCAAAGCCGGCUUUGGAUCUCAAAAACAUGAAUAUUGUCCCAUUGGAUACAUUACUUCGGUGAUAACCAUUGUUAUUCACACUCUCAUGAGAGUUUCUGUCACCAGGUUUUGGUGGCCUCCUUCAUUUUUUCCUUAAAAUUAUUAAGGAUAGUGUAGAUUACCAUAGAAUUCCUACUUAUGGUUAGAUUGAUAUCGAUUGGUAACCUCGUUGAUUUGCAGAAGCAAUGUCCUUAUAUUUCACCUGAGUAUUACAGGAUUAAGUAAUUCAAAAUUCACAUUCAGUAUAACCUAUAUUCACGCUAUUGAUUACCUUUGGAAAUUCCAAUAAAUAACUAGCAAUCCAGACGCGUGUAGUGUAUUGUAAUUUCUACAGACAUAAGUAUAGUCUAUAUAAACUACAUGUAUAAUAGUUGAUCCGUUUACCGCUAUCUGCUACUUGACUGUGUAUACAUAAUUAAAAUAUUCCUUCAGUGUAAUGGCACUAGAGUUAUUGUAAAUUCCAACAUAUGAUAUUUAGUACAUUUAUUUAGUACAUUUAGCCCUAUUGUUCUUAAUUCAAAGAUAGCAUGGGAAUAUUUGGCAUAAUAUCACAUGCGAUUAAUUUCAUUAUUAAUCAAUGUUAAUACAAUUUGACUUCAGUCAUAUCUGAAAUAUAUUGAUUAUUUAUUCAAAUGGGUAGGCCUAUAGGAGUAUAGGGCAAGUUUUUUUAUUCAUAUAUUCAUAAUUCAUUCAUAUAACAGGUGCCACAGAACGGGUUUGAAAGUAGGAGGCUAAGCCAAAGUGGGGGGGGGGGGCUUACCAUGCAAAGAAAAAUCAGAUGGUAAUUUUUACGUUUUUGUACACGAUUUUGGAAAAAAAAUAGAGGGGGGGGCUGAAGCACACCCAGCCCGAGCCCACCCCCCCCCCCCCGUUUGCACGGCCCCUAAGUAAUACUUGUAAUCUGUAGGAAAUACCCUACCAAUAAUUUGGAACAAAAUACCAACUAUGCGUUUAAUAUAAUCCUAUUCAGCUUUUAAAAAUGACCAACACUUAAUUUGUUUUCAAAGUAUAAAUGAUAAUUAACCCAACCGUUUUCUUCUUUGUAUCUUGUACAGUGUUUCUUUGUCUCUUUGCUCGUUGCUUCUUUUUUAUCCCCGUAACUUUCUGAUGUAAAAUAUAUCAACAUGAAGUAUAUAUAUUUCUCUAGAACCUUUAUUUUGCAAAGCCAUAUAAGAUUUUUUCCAAAGGUUAUCAUCCUUUUCAAUUAUUAAUCUACUGUAAAUGAACAUUCUUUAUGUAUUAUUGUACACAUUUCGAGAUUUUUACAUACAGUGUAUAUAUACAUUUUUUUAAUACUUGUGGGAAUAUUUUAACGAGAAUGAAAUAAAUAAAUAAAUACAGUUACUAUAUGUUUAUGUUUCCUCAUUCUCAGCCUUCAUUAAUGCAUCUGUGCAUGGACCUACUAGUAGGUCCAUGAUCUGAGUUAGUUUUCAUUUAAAUGAAUAAUUGCUUUAUAAAGGAGGAAGUACGGGAUAAAAAAUAUUAUGAAUGAUUCAACCAGCCAUCCAUACAACUCACAUAAAAGAGAAAUAAGUUAUGUAUUCGUAUGUCAUUGGAAAAUUCCCGCAAUCGUUACCCACGGCUCCCGGUAUGUCGCAUUUCUCUUUUAUAUGUUUUGUCUGUUUGAUUCAGUAAAUGGAAUGCAUUUUGCCGUAGGUUGUUUGAUGUUUAUCUAAAUAUGAUUUGGGAUAAUUCAGUAUUUUUUUUCUCUGCGGGCGAUGGAAAUUGCAAUACGAAUGUAUGAUGAUUAGAAUAAAUACUUUAAAAAUCGGGAUUGAUCUUAAUGUAUAUGGUACAUUUUGUGCACAAUGGCAUAAUUAAACCUAAAUUGUUGGUAUGAUACGUUUGUCAUGCACAUUCUGAAAAUAGGUUGUUUUAAAGAUAUCAUUCCAGCUUCUUAAUGUUUCAAAUAAAUUGUAUAUAAUGCGGUUACACUGUUGGUUGGUUCUUGUCAAUAAUUCUAAUAGGUUAUAUUCAAUUAGAGUAUGAGCCUGGUUUUAGUAGGCGAGGCAAGGAAAAAUAAUAUCAAAAUUUAUAGAUUGGAUUUA